UUUGCAUGUCAUAGAAGCUAAUCAAACAUACAGAAAUUGAAAAAAGAAGGAAGAAAAACAUAAUUAGUUUGAGAAAUUAAUCAUGGGAGAUGAGCUAGUUCUACUGAAUUACCAUCCGAGUCCGUUCGCAACCAGGGUGAGGAUAGCAUUGGCAGAGAAAGGACUGAAGUAUGAAGCGAAAGAUGAAGAUUUACUGGGCAGCAAGACUGGUCUUCUUCUGAAGAUGAACCCAAUUCACAAGCAAAUCCCUGUCUUGAUUCAUAAUGGUAAACCCAUUUGUGAGUCAAUGAUUAUAGUUCAAUACAUUGAUGAGCAGUGGAACAAUAAAUCUCCACUGUUACCCACUGAUCCUUAUCAAAGAGCUCAUGCCAGGUUCUGGGUUGACCAUUUUGACAAUAAGAUUUUCCCAAUUGCAGCAAAGCUAUGGACAACCAAAGGUGAAACGAAAGAAGCAGCAAAGAAAGACUUGAUUGAGGGCUUGAAGGUUUUGGAGAAGGAGCUUGGGGACAAGCCAUAUUUUGGAGGUGAAAGUCUGGGUUACAUAGAUUUGGGACUUAUCCCAUUCUACACCUUCUUUCACACAUUUGAAUCCUUAGGAAACUUUAGUAUGGCAAAGGAGUGCCCUAAGCUUGUGGAAUGGGGUAAGAAAUGCUCGCAGAAGGAGACAGUGUCCAAAUCUUUAUGUGACCAUAACAAGGUUUAUGAAAUUAUUCUGGAGUUCAGAAAGAGGUUGGGAGCUGAAGAAUAGGCGCUAUAUAUAUACUUUUUAUACUCUAUUGCAGUAUUUUUAUUCUCUUUGGUAUUAAACAGAAUUGAAAAUAAUUUGCACCUUCCCACUUUUACGAAGAAUAAAUACCAUUGUUUUUCGUAAAUAAUAAUAAUAAAUAAAUGUAAUAACUCAUUAUGUAUGAAUAUUUCUAUAAUAAAAUAAAUAAUUAUUUUCUUUUGGAUCA